GCAUCGUUAAUAUUGCUGAUAGAGGUAGUGGCUACAGGCUUCUCCCAUACCUCAUCGCCAGUACCUAGUCUGUUUUCCUUCUUCCCUCCUUUUUCGUUCUUCGUCCGACCUAGUUCCUUUCAUUACAUCCCUUACGCCUACCACCGGUUCCUUCUCCAUUCUCCGUACGUGUGCGCCUUGUCAAUUUUCGUUCUACUGUGCGCCAUACGCUAUACAAAGGUGAACGUUCGCCUUCUUGCCCGCUUCAGGACAUUCAGCGCCGGGCUGCGCCCAUCGGCUGAUAACGGAAACUAGUGCGGCCGACUUAUCAUAGUACUCAAGUAACAGUUCAAGACCAAUCAAACCCCAUGAGUAUCUUGCUUACGUACAACCCUAAGCUAAUUCCUUUGUCAUUCAGAGGCUAAAAGCACAAAGCUCAAGGGACCAUGGCAACGUCUUCCAGAUCAUCAUCUUCAUCACCUGUACUACUUCUGAAAAUGGUCAGCCCCGGCCCUCAUAGACGAGGCCAUGCUCAAAAUCUAGCGAGCAAGACUAUAGCGGAGCUCGCCGGACUUUUGAACGAAGCUCUGGUCUCUUCGGCGGAAAGCCCGACUGAAGCAACAUAUAUCUGUCCUCCCGCAUCUCCAGAGGACAUAGAAGCGCUUAAGAGACGAGUAAUUGACGAAGAUGGUCACUGCGCCCUAGACCCAGACUACGUCACGUUCCUUACAGUCAGCGAUGGAUUCAAGCUUCAAGGACCGGAGCAGGAGGACUCAGCAGAUGACCUGAUUGGCAUCCUUUACAAUGCGGCUCGAGUUAUUAAGGAGGAACACGUGGACUUUCACCUAUUCGGAGCGAAUCCCCUUCUGCAUGCGCCAUCCCAAGACAUUUGGAAGAAGUUCAACUGGGAUAGCGGAGUAGGUGUCGACCUAGGCCCAGCUGGCGACGAAGGGAGUCUCUGGAUGUUUGGUCCAGCGGAGCUGCAGCUUCUUCUUCGGCAAUUCGAUGAUACCUAUCUUACGCUCACGCAGGAUGAGAAGAAACAGGUCGAUCAGUACGUCUUGGAAACGCAUGGUAGUAUGGAGGCAAUGAGAGAGCUCCGGUUCUCUGUCAUGCAAUUCUAUCAUUGGUCACCAAAGGUUAAGUUGCAUUUAGGGUUUCGGGCGUACCUUGAAGAUCUUGCAACGAUGACUUUGGCAGGCGAGGAUCCUUAUGACUACUUUUUGUGCCAAGAUGCCUAACCGUACCAAAACUUCUUGAUGAACAAAGAUACCGGGACACAGCCCUGUAAACCACGUCGUGCUGAGCAUGUGGUGCGUGCUAGAUACUGGUACAAAACAUAGUAAUAUCCUGGCGUUACUUUAAAGUGAUUGGAGCUUUUGGCAAAUCGCGUGAUAGCUUCUCGUGUUCACGAAUCUAAUUCUGGCGAUUUAUUUUGGCGCACAUAAGUUAUCGAAAUACGUUAAACGGCA